GGGCGGCACCGGUCGGUGUCCGGGUCCCAUCCGGUUCCAGUCCCGGUCCCAAUCCCGGCCCCGCCAUGCGCAAGUUCUUCCAGGAGAUCAAGGCCGACCUCAAGUUCAAGACCGCGGGGCCCGGGCAGAAGCUGUCGGAGCCGUCCCGGGCCCCCAGGGAGAGCCCGAAGGCGGCGGCGGCCCCGAGGCCCCGGCAGGGCCCCACGGAUGAGGCGCAGAUGGCGGCGGCGGCGGCGCUGGCCCGCAUGGAGGGGAGGCCCAAGGCCAAGCCGGCCUCGUCGCAGGAGGCCAUCAGGAGCCAGGUGAGGAAGGAGCUGAGAGCGGAGGCGGCCGCCGCAGAGAGAGGCCCCGAUGCAGAGGACGGGGACGCGGGCUCCCCCGCGGAGGACGGGGCCGCUGCUCUCUCCGUGUCCGGGGUCUACUUCACCUGCCCCCUGACCGGGGAGCGUGUGCGGAGGGAGCGGAAGGAGCAGCACCUCAGGGAAGCCAUCCAGGCCUAUUCCUCCGUGGAUCCAGUGGCUGCUUCCAUCAUGGAGAUUCACACCUUCAAUAAGGACCGGGAGAGAGUGCGCGUGGGGCUGGAGACCAUGGCCAAGUACCUGGAUAACAUCUGCCUCCAUCCGGAGGAGGAGAAGUACCGGAAGAUCAAACUGCAGAACAAAGUGUUUCAGGAACGGAUAAGCUGCUUGGAAGGGAUACACGGGUUUUUCCAGGCUGUUGGGUUUGAGACAAGAACACUGCCUAUUCCAGGACAAGAGGGCACCGAGGAGUACUACGUGCUGCGGGAGGAGGCGCUGGCCCGGCUCCAGGAGCUCCGGCACCACAAGGAGCAGCUGCUGAGCUCGGAGCCUGUGCGGGCGCGCUUGGACCGGCAGCGCCGCCUGUUCCAGCCGUCCCCUGCCGCCGCCCGCUUCCAGCUGCCCCCCGACUUCUACAGCCUCAGCGCCGAGGAGCUCCGGCGCGAGCAGCGGCUCCGGACAGAAGCGGUGGAGAAGGCUUCGAUGCUGAGGACGAAAGCAAUGAGGGAGAAGGAAGAGCAAAGGGAAAUGCGGAAGUACAACUACACCCUGCUCCGGGUCCGCUUCCCCGAUGGGUAUCUCCUCCAAGGGACGUUUUAUGCACGAGAACCAGUCUCUGCGCUCUACGCCUUUGUGAGAGAAGCACUCCGAGAUGACUGGCUGCCCUUUGAGCUCCUGGGACCUGGAGGUCUCAAACUCACAGAUGAGAACUUGGCUUUCAAUGAGUGUGGGCUGGUACCCUCAGCCCUGCUGACCCUGGCCUGGGACGCAGCGGUCAUGGAGGACAUCCGGGCAGCGGGAGAGGAGCAGCCACGAAGCCCCCUGAAAGCAGAGCUGCUCGCCAGAGUCCAGGCACUGCCAUGAAAUAAAGGGCACUGGAGGCAGGGCCGGGCCUUUCA